AUUUAUAUCCGACAAAGUUAUCCCUCCAACUGAAUCUGAAUCGUCCGGAGAAGAAAGUCAUUCACCACCUACAAAGAAAUGUAGGCAAACAAGGAGGAAGAUCAGUGCAGUCCCCAUAGUUGAUCGCUAUGCAACUUUUGGCAAUCAUCAAUUUCCAAAAGCUUCUGGCCGUUCAAGCCUGGCAUCAAGAAAGCCCCGUUCAAGGCUUGGAGUGGGCUUCGAUUCUCAACCUCAUUCUAAAACUCUUCAAAAGAAAAAUGAUACAGGACAAGAAAGUCAAACAACAUCUCAUCGUGAAGUUUAGUUGGAAGAAGCUGUUAUGCUCAAAGCAGCAGAUAACCCGUCCAAGGCUUGGACUUAGCGUCAAUGGUCAAGAUCAGUCUGCAGUUCUUGAAAAGAAAAAUGAUACUAGAGAAGAAAGUCGCUCAACAUCUACUCGUGAAGUAGCCACUUUCCUCAAAGCAGCAGACAAACCUCAAUUAGGGCUUGGCCUUGGCAGCAGUGGUCAACAUCAGUCUGCAACUCUCAAGAAGAAACAUGGUUCAAUUCAAGAAAGUGAUUCUACAUCUGAGCGUGAAGUGGAUUCAGACGAUGUUGGCUUGUUAGAUGCCAGCAUAUCUUCUCCAGAGGCACGUUCAUCAGAUGACGAGUCUCUUGCUGUAGAGACCGAUGUCUCCACAUGUAAGAAACCAGUCCGGAAACUGUUCUCUAAAGCUUUGGAUGAGAAUAGACUGGCUAAGCCUCUUUCACCUCAAUCUGUUGUGGACUCUACUCCAUCUACAUGUUCGUUCAAUGCUCGCAGGGUGAAGGCAAAUUGUGAUGCCAUGAAAACCACUUGCAUUAAAGGUAACGCUUGA